AUGCGCGCAACAUCUCUGUGGGGUCCGCCGGAUGUAAAGCCAUUCCCCGGUGCCCUAGAAAGAUCACUCUCACAGCAACGAGCAUCCGAUAAGCCAGUCACCCAUGAGCUAGACAUAGACCCCAACGAGAAUUCAGACGGAGGAAUUAAGUUAGCCGGAUGGAAGUCCACUGUCCAUCAGUCUUCCGUGCGGGCGGAAGCCAUACACGGGCGAGAGCGGUCGAAUAGCAACGUUAAUAGUUCAUCUUUACCGAGCAAUCCGGCGUCAUGUGACUGGAGUGCACUUCGAAUCCUACGACAAUCUCGGCGUGGUCAAAGAAACAGAACACGAACGAUUUUAGCUGUUGUCUUGCUCAGCAAUGUAGCGACUGGCUCAGUCAUAGUGUACCGUAAUCAUUCGGCUGCCACGACGCUGUCUGACGGUAGCCUUCCGCAGGCGUUCUCAACCCCCACGCCAGAACCACAAUUCAGGUCAGUAGAUCUCAUUCAAAGAACUCCAUUUUUCUCCCCUGGUGGUGAGAUAGGUGGUCUUCAGGGUGCUAAUUUAUAUUCCAAUAGCCCGUUAGUCGGUGGUAUCAAUCCCGGCCUUGGUCUUCCAUUGGGCGCUGGAAUUGGGCCCGUGGGUGCGUUGGGCGGGGGAAUCGGAUCCCCCCUUGGUUUAACGGGCAGUCCUGCAUUCGCCAACAACCAGUAUGGACUACCUAUUAACCGCAACAAUUUCGAAUCGAGCGGAUUCAACCGUGGCGGCAACGGAUUUUCAAACGGUUAUUUCGGUGCCGGCUCAGGUUUUCAGUCGCGAAGAAGUCAAGCAUCACUGUUGAUCGCUGGUCUUGGAGUGUUUAAUUUGAUGGUUCUAUUAGUCUGA